CUUCCUCGAACGGAGAAGCAGCAGCCAGAGGAAGCUCAGCUCGGCGAACAAAAUGCCGAAGCAGAUUCAUGAGAUCAAGGACUUUCUCCUCACAGCUAGGAGGAAGGAUGCUCGUUCUGUGAAGAUCAAGAGGAGCAAAGACGUGGUGAAGUUCAAGGUCCGGUGCUCGAAGUACCUCUACACCCUGUGCGUUUUCGACAACGAGAAGGCUGACAAGUUGAAGCAGUCUCUUCCCCCGGGUUUGAGCGUGCAAGACCUUUGAAGAAAGUUUGGAUUGAAGGCACAUUUUUGUUGGGGAGGUUUUGAUGGCUGUUUGUUACUACUCCAGCAAAAAUGUCAUUUUAAGUCUGGUUGUUUGUGGUUUUGUUGGAUAUGCUUAAAUACAAGCGUGACGGUAUAGCACUGUGUUGGUUUGUAGCAAAUAGCAUGAAUCCUAUCCGAUAAUAUUGCAGGUUGAAGUAGUUUGUGAGUUUUUAAGUCUUUGGGUCCUUGUUUGCCUUGCCAGACUAGAACGUUUAAGCUCACUUAUUCCAUAGUCCAGUCGAAAUUUUACAGCUCUAAGUUGCAGUUUGGAUAUAGGAAAAAGGUGUUGAAAGAC